AUGAGUAGAAGGGUAAGCUUUGGUUCCGAUGGCAGUGAUCAUAAGCAGCCAGCAACUGUGAAACAAGCGGCUGCUCGUAGAAACAAGAACCGGUUCGUAAUUGGUCUUUGGAGCAUAAGAGUUUCAUCUGAUCCUUCAAGGAGCUCCAAUGCAUUUUCCACUGAGAAAUUUCUAAGAAGAAUAGGGGAGAAGAUGGCUAAAGCUCUAAGUUUCGUAUCAAUUAAAAGAUCAUCACGCAAAGUUUCUUCGUCUGCUUUGCCAAGGUCAAGAUCAUAUGCGGAGCCUCUGGAUUCUCAUAGAGCAGCUGCUAUUGAAGAUUGUAUUCAGUUCUUGAAUUCUUCUUCUUGUUUGAGGAAAUCCAAUUCUGUUUCAUAA